AUGAAGGUCGGGCUCGGCCGAGUGCCCGGUCCUCCACUCUUACUGCCAGUUGAGAUUGUUGAAGUCAUUGUUGACUACGUUGCCCGCCGGUCGGAAUCACAAUCUAGGCAAGGUGAUCUGUGGUCUCUUUGUCUGGUCUCUCGAGAUUGGUACUCGGUCAGCGUUCCGCAUCUCUACAGCCGACCAGUAUUGGGUCCAAGAAAUUUUGAGCUCUUCACUCGAACAUUGUGCCCUCCAGUCAAUUCCCGAGUCCGAGCCAUUGGCCUGGAGGACCUGGUCAAGGAACUUCACUUGGGAGACCUAGCAUAUGUCACCAGCCGGAGUAUGACUGCUCGUCUCCUCCGACGGACACGAACGUCCUUGACUACUUUGGUUACGCCCUCGCAUUCAAUGUCGACGUCCAGUCUUGCGCCCAUAUCAAAGAUGGCGAGUCUGCAGCAUCUCGACCUGUCCAGGGAUAAGUAUGACUUUGACAUCUGUGCACUUACUCGUGCAGUACAGCCAGUAACUACAUUGAGGUUCCUUUCAUUGCCCCGAGGUAUUCUCAACACAUAUCCGGACAGUCCCGCCUCUGGACGUUGUGCAUGGUCGCCUGCGCUCGAAUAUCUCGAAGUCAACAAUACUGUCCCACACUUGCAAUCUCAAUGGCGAAAUUUCAUCACCGGUCUUCCCCAGAGUCUGCGUAUCCUGUCGUUUCAGCAUUUGCGACAGAACACUCAAUUCGGCGGUAUCAUUGACUUAGGCGUCGAAGCGCCUCAGGUUGCCUCCCUGGCCAUUCAAGGAGCCGAAGGCGUGGACUGUAUGCUCUUUAACGGAAUUGACCUUUCUGCCUUACUGCAGGUAUUUCCAGGUUUGAUAGAAUUGACCCUUCCAGAAACAGCCCUGCUGUCUCCCCUCUUCUAUUCUUACCGAGAAGAGAAGUUCGGAAUAUUGGGACGACGGCUGCAGGCCUUGAGAUUCCGAGUUGUGCAAGCUCUGGGCACUCCCGGCCCAACAGGAAUUGUUGAGCGUGCUCUUGUCGACCUAGCUGCGUCAUUCGCACAAAUUCAGUCCAUCGAAAUAUCAACGGCCUACGCUUUUGCCAGUCCAACCGCGGUCUCCGCAUCUCACGAACUCCUGCAGCAGCGCUGGCCACAGGAACCCAAAGAAGCAAAAGGCAUCUUUAUCGUAGGCCAGACUUCCGGUACAACAUCACGGUGGAGGUGGAACCCCAUGUUUGACGAAGGGACGGAAUCAACGCCUUCUCGAUGA